AAAAUGACAAUUCACAGCUUUACAUGUAGGACUUGUAUAUAUACACCAAAAUGAUACGAGGCAAGUUAGGGUUUUGGAUUGCAAAUAAGCAGCAGAAGCGGCCGCCAUGGUUCUCAAGACUGAGCAAUGCCGAUUCAGUGGUGCCAAGAUUUAUCCAGGAAGGGGUAUUAGGUUUGUUCGUGCCGAUUCUCAGGUGUUCCUUUUUGUGAACUCAAAAUGCAAGCGGUAUUUCCAUAACAGGUUGAAGCCGUCCAAGCUGACAUGGACAGCAAUGUACCGUAAACAACACAAGAAGGAUAGUGCUCAAGAGGUUGUUAAGAAGAGGCGCCGUGCAACCAAGAAGCCUUAUUCAAGGUCUAUUGUGGGUGCUACUUUGGAGGUGAUCCAAAAGAGGAGAAGUGAGAAACCCGAAGUUCGUGAUGCUGCUCGGGAGGCUGCACUUCGUGAAAUUAAGGAGAGGAUCAAAAAAACCAAGGAUGAGAAGAAGGCCAAGAAAGCAGAGGUGACUGCUAAAAAGAGUCAAGGUAAGGCUAAUGUGCCCAAAACCGGAAAGGGUCCCAAGCUUGGCGGAGGUGGCGGCAAGCGUUGAACGCCAGUUUGUGUUUCCUUAGAUAUCAUAAGGUUGAUAAGAGAAUUUUUGCAGGUUUCCUGUGUUUAAUAUCAUUGUUGUUUAGACAAACACUUCUGGAUGGAUGUUUUUAUUUAUGCUUUAAAUGGUGCACAACAUCAAAACACAUUGCAUUUCA